AAGUCUCCAGCAUGCUGAGUGCGGUUUAUAACCACAGUUUGGUUUUUGCAUCCUUCUGCUGCAGUUCAACUUCACAGAGAGGAAAAAGAAAGAGUGAGAGAGAAAGUGAGAAGAAAGAGCGAGGGACAGCGAUAGAGAAGAAAGAGUACAUGGCCAUGCAUCUCCACUCUGCCUGUGGAUUUGCCUUGGUGGUACAAGUUUACCUGCUGCAUCAUGCUAAAGCAGGGGCAUAUUAUGGACACCAGCAGCUUGCCCACCAAAACCAACCACUGCCGCAGUUACCUCACACACCAAUGGGCAAGGAAGCGAUACCCCAACAGCAAUACUUAGGGAAAGAGUUGCCUCAUCUGCAAUAUGGAAACGAUAUGGCUAUGCUCCCCUACUAUGGAAAGGAACAGCUACAGAUGCCCUUUCCUUUGGCAAACCCCAGUCUAGGCAAAGGUGAAAAUGUUUUCAGAGGACAGAAAGGUCCAUCAGGUGAGAAUAUUUUUCGAGGUCAGAAAGGUCCUUCAGGUGAAAAUAUUCCCAGAGGACAGAAAGGUCCUGCAGGCGAAGUUGGGCCUAUGGGACCUCGUGGACCUCAAGGUCCCCCUGGACAACCAGGUCAGGGAAUUCCAGGACCUCCUGGGAAACCAGGGCUACCUGGUGCUCCAGGUCCCCCUGGGAUUGGAAAACCUGGUAUGCCAGGCUCACCAGGAAAACCUGGAGUAAUUGGCUUGCCAGGGCCUAAAGGUGACUUUGGACCAGGAGGUGGUGUGGGUCCAGUAGGAUUGCCCGGACCUCAAGGUCAUCCAGGCCCACCUGGGUUGCCAGGUCUGUCAAAACCAGGUGCACAGGGAUUACCAGGACAGCCUGGAUUUCGUGGAGAGCCUGGACAAAAGGGUGCUCCAGGGAUUCCUGGGCUUCCAGGACCUAAAGGUGAUUUUGGACUUGGUCUUCCAGGAUUACCAGGAAUAAACGGACCACCUGGGCCUCCAGGGAUACCAGGUCCAGGAGGAUUACCAGGAGUUGGAAAACCAGGUCUAAAUGGGUUACCUGGUGCCCAAGGGGGCCCCGGUAAACCAGGUCUUCCUGGGGAGCAAGGGUUACAGGGCCCUCCUGGUGAAGAGGGACAACCAGGGCCACCAGGCCUACCAGGUAUUGGCAAACCUGGUUUGGAUGGUUUUCCAGGGCCACCUGGUCUUCCAGGUGGAAAGGGAGAGUCAGGCCCACCUGGUUUUCCAGGGGGUCCAGGGUUACCUGGAAUUGGAAAACCUGGAUUCCCUGGACCAAAAGGUGACAAAGGACAUGGUGGCUUACCUGGACCUUCAGGUCUGAAAGGUGAGAAAGGUCAUGGUGGAUUUCCUGGAAUAAUUGGCCCACCUGGACCAGGUGGUCUUCCUGGUCCAUCUGGUCCCAUGGGACCCCCAGGUGGCAUUGGCUUCCCUGGACCAAAAGGAGAGGUUGGUGAAGUUGGACUAAAAGGAGCAGUAGGUCCCCCAGGUGAACCAGGUCCUCCAGGACUCCCAGGAAAAUCAGGGCUUCCAGGAGAAGGUGGGCAACCAGGGCCCAGAGGCUUACCAGGACCUUUUGGGCCUCAGGGUGAAAAUGGACACAAAGGUUUUCCUGGUCUCCCGGGGGCUCCUGGCAAGCCUGGACCAAAAGGGGAAGGUGGUCUACCAGGAGAAAAAGGUAGCCAAGGGCCAAUAGGAAUCCCAGGAUUCAUGGGGCCAAGUGGACCGAUUGGACCCCCUGGACUGCCUGGACCAAAGGGAGAAUAUGGACCACCAGGGAAGCCUGGACCACCAGGUGAAGGAAAGGCUGGUUUACCAGGCCCAGUGGGUCCAUCAGGAAAACCGGGUCCUGGUGGAUUUCCAGGUAAACCUGGAAUACCUGGCCUUCCCGGUCCUCCUGGUCCACCUGGACUUCCUUCUGGCGAUGGUGCUGUUCUUCCUGAAAUGGGUCUAGGACUUGAUGGGGCCAAACAAGGAUCCUAUAAGAAAAUCAAGCCUGGUGAAUUCAGUGGCAGACACUUUCUUGAGAUGCCUGCCUUUACUGCUCAGCUAACCACGCCAUUUCCACCUGUUGGAACACCCGUGGUCUUCAAUAAGAUCUUGUAUAAUGGCAACCACAACUACAACCCUCAAACUGGCAUUUUCUCCUGCAGUAUACCAGGAAUUUACUAUUUUGCAUACCAUGUCCACUGCAAAGGGGGCAAUGUGUGGGUGGCUCUUCAAAAGAACAAUGAACCAGUCAUGUACACAUAUGAUGAGUGCAAAAAAGGUUUUCUGGAUCAAGCAUCAGGAAGUGCAGUACUGCCUCUGCAGUCUGGAGACUCUGUUCAUGUUCAAUUACCAUCAGAUCAAGCUCCUGGACUUUAUGCUGGUCAAUAUGUCCAUUCGUCAUUCUCUGGAUAUUUAUUAUACCCAAUGUAAUACAUCAGAUGUGUCCCUCACAAGUCAGCGGUGGAAAUAAAAAAAAAUGCACAUGCCUGCUUUCAAAAGUGAUGAGUGGAAAUGAAAAGCACAGUAAUUCAGUGAAAUUGACUUUCACUGUUCAGUGUUCUUUAGAAAUGAAGAUUUGUCCAAACAUUUGCAGGAUUUAAUUUGUCUAGUGGCAGUACCAGAGGUAAUAAAAAGAUAUGAAUUGAAUAUAUUUUGGUAAGUGACUCCGUUUGGAGUUGUAUUUCACCAUGCAGUUUACAUAUAGAAUAAAUAUUCAAAUAGCAGACACAUUAUUCCACAUAUUACCUGCCAGUAUUUACAUAAUACAGGGAUCAUAUCAGCUAAUAACAUACAUAGCAUAUUUCAGUUUUUUUCUUCUUCCAUACACAUUCAUUACAAUAAUCUAUACAUAUGUUCAAUGUACUCUCACUCUUGUAUGGUACAAUCUAUUUGUUACGGUAUAUUUUGCUUUUCCAGUUAUCACAUCACAGUACUUUAGAUUUUCUAUCAUCUGUGAAUCUGAAUUUAACGCUAAAGAAACAAGGUCAGUUUUGUUUACUGAUACAACCUGGGGGAUAUUAAUUAAAUAUGUAUAUGUGUACAUUUAUCGUUCAUGAUUUCUUUCCUUUUUUUUCCUUUCUUUCCUUUUUUUUUUUUUUUUUUUUUUUUUUAAUAAACAGGUUCAACGUAGUAUCAGUACCAUUAGAUGCUGAAAAGGUUUUUGUGGGGUUCUUUUUCUCUGUAUUUAUUUUAAAUUUUUUUGUUUUACUACUGAGUGCUUGAAUUUAUAAAUGUGCAGGAAGAUGAUGGAACAUACGAAAAACUAAUUCUGUUUUCUAAUUUACAGAUGGGUGCUAAAGAUUUAAUUGAGAAUCAUUGAGGUUUAUAGUGUCGGUUUUUUAAUUUUUAAAAAAAAUAAAAUUUAAAUGAUUGAAAUUAUGAAUGUAUGUGUGAUCUGUGUAUUGUACAUAAUGAAAGUAAAGAUAAAAAAAAGGGAUUUUCUUACACCUAGCAGAGAUAUGUAUUUUUUUCUAGAUCAUUCCUGCUGAUUAUUUGGCAAAAGCAAAAUGUUUAUGACUGUUUCAUUAUCAUAAAUUCCAGUACGACUUUCGAUAAGAAUUACGCCGCUUCCCAAAUUUCAACCAUUGAUUUGACAGCUGACCCCAAAUUCACAUGCAUAAUGUAAUGUUUGAAUAUCUCACUAAUGAAAAUGUUGGACAGACACGCAGAUGGUCAGGAAGCAACAACAGACAGACAGAAAGUCUGCAAUCUGAGUUCCAUAAGUCAAUAAACUGCCAAAGACAGAAGAAAUGGAAAAUAAAGAAGUGUUUUAGCAGA